AUGAAAACCACAGAGGGCUUCUCCAUUGUGUUUGCUGUUAGCGCCCCCUGCUGUCUUUUAUAUAGCCUUGCAUUUGUUAUCGGUUAGAAAACGCUAAUUGCUUAUCCCUCACGGAGUGUUUCUGCUGAGGCUUGCUGCUGUGUUCUGCUGGCACGGGUCAGGUGUGUUUUAGCUCCCAGGCUGAACGGCAGGGAUGCUUGUAUUUGCUCUCUUCCAGACUCCUUCAUCUCCAAGUCAGCCUCGUUGCCAGGGUAUGGCAGGAACGGACUGCACAGGGUGAGUUCCCUGAGGGGGGCGGGGGGGGGGGGGCAGGGGGGGGGGUGAAUGGGCCCUGUGUGGACCCAAAUCAGCCCAUAGCUAGAGUCAAUACUUUUAUUGUAUCUCUAAAAUAAUUGUUCUUGUUGUCUGUCUCUUUCAGCCCCAGGGUGCAGAUUAUUUCCAGUACGACAGCAGCAGUGCAGUUAACUGGGGAAUCAGAGGUAAGCAAUAAUAAUAAUAUAAUAUGCCAUUUAGCAGACGCUUUUAUCCAAAGCAACUUACAGUCAUGCGUGCAUACAUUUUUACGUAUGGGUGGUCCCGGGGAUCAAACCCACUACCCUGGCGUUACAAGCGCCAUGCUCUACCAAUUGAGCUACAGAAGACAUACAUCAUGGCAAUCAUGGCUUUACCUUUCAAUAACAUGACUUACAAAUUACAUAACCAAUGAGAAUAUGAAUAAAUGUGCUGAUCAGCUCUUUUUUUCUAUUUUUCUACAGAAUACAAGGUAAGAUGUUAUGCAAAUUAAUGAACAAACUGACUAUCACUGAACCAAACGUAAGCUGGCUGUAGAGAAGAUAAGAAAGGAACCGUUAGAGCCUCUGCCCACAGAUCUGUUGUUGAAUCUCAGUUGCAUCCUCGCGUCCUUUCUCAUCGCCUUCUCGUCAAAAACCAUUGGAGGAAAAGGUCAGAGGGGCGGGACUUCUAACUUUCUCAUCCAAUGUGUUUUGAGAAGGAGGCGAGGAGAGAGGAGAGGCGAGAGGAUGCAUAGAAGUAAAAAAAUACGUGUAGUGAAAUGUGUUGUUCUACAGGGUCAGCCAUAGCAGUAUGGCACCCCUGGAGCAAAUGAGGGUUAAAUGCCUUGCUCAAGGGCACAGCAGAUGUUUCACCUUGACGGCUUAGAGUAUUCGAACCAGCGACCUCUUGGUUCCUGGCUCAACACUCUAACCGCUAGGCUACCUGCUGUAUGCAAUUGAGAUUCUCCCUAUGUCUCUAUGACGACGUCUGGGCUGGCGGGACACUUCCUACUGCCGGACCUACAGGAAUUGACUUCGUCCAUGGUGUCACAGAGAUAAGUCUCCUCUGCUCAUCUCAGGGGAUGGGUUCACCCCAGGCCCACUCACCUGGAAAUUAGGUCUGGACAGGAAUGGAGGUUCAAAGCCCUUCCGAGAGAUAGAGAUAUGGAGAACGUUGUCCCGACUGAUCAGUCAGCUGGUGUCCAUCCUAUCUUGCCUUUGGUAGAGACCUCAGGUCAGAACCAGGAAUGACGAGUGUCUUCAGUGUGAUUGUUGUCAGCGGAAGUACAGAUGAAUGCAUGACCCAGGAAAACGUCUGUGAGUCAUUGACAAUAGGAUGGGCAGCAUUGCAUAGUCUAUGUAUGGUGUGAAAAUCUAAACACGUUGAAUGUUUUCCUCAUAACCAUUCCUCCCUCAGGUCUACCCAUAUGACGUAUUGGUAGUCACCAUAAGGGGGCGCCACCAGCUUCCCAAUGACGUGGACAGAGCCAGACUAGAGGUGAGUUUCUCUCUGGUUUGUAAAAAUGCAAGUAACGAACACCUCUCACUGCACAUACCAUGUAGUAAAUCAAUUGUAUUUCCAUUUCUGAGUUGGUUAUGACAGUCUCCAACAACACUAACCUGUGUGUUUAAUCUCUCUCUGACAGUGCCACUUGUCUCCUGAGGAGUUCUACCGGGUGUUUAGGAUGACUAUGGCAGAUUUUGACCGGCUGGCGCUGUGGAAGAGAAACGAGCUGAAGAAACAUGUCCGGCUGUUCUGA